AUGCGCCUUCACCAGGUAGCACCGGGCGAGACCCUCUUCUCCAUCGCCGCCAGUUACCAACUCCCCCUGGACGCGCUCCUCGCGGUAAACGACAAGCCGUCGCCCGCGGUGCGAGUGGGGGAGGUGAUAUUCCUGCCGGCCGCGGCGAAAAUCGGCGACGUGGCGAGUUUCGCGAGUGGUCUAAGAGUUACCGCGAAAAGCGGUGACUCGGCAGGGUGGAAUGGAACGGAGGGAGGAGGUGGUAACGCGGCUGGAGAGGGGGUAGAGACAGGGGAUGUCGAUAACCGGUCGCAGCAGCAGCAGCGUGUAAGUCAAACGAUUCAACCAAGCCAGCCUGGCCGUCAACGUCUGAGUCAACCUAGCCAACCCAGUAAUCAGCAUCUUAGUCAAGAAGACGCGGAAAUCAAGGUAUCGCAGGACUUUGCCCUGAAGUUUAGAGAGAAACCUGGGGGAAAUUACCCCGGGAAAUACUCGGCGGGUCCGAAGGCCGGGCAGCAGCGAUACGGGUCUGGAGCGCAGGAGGGCGGGAAGUCGAGAGGCGGAGGCGGAAAGGAUAAGGGGCGGAAAGAAAGCAGGGAGAGUAGUGGCAGAGCCAGCAAAGAGAGUCUGAGAAGCGAUGGCUUUGGGAAGGGAGAGGAGGCGAGAAGAGGAGGGGCGGUUGCUGGUGGGGGCUUGCAGCGAAUAGAGGUGUGCGAGGAGAGGGAGAUGACUUCUGCUUUUGCUAGCGUGGGUGCUCCCAAGAUCCCGUACCUUGACUGCACGCCUGCUGCCGCUGCUCCUUCACGCCUCGCUGCAUCUGCAUUCAGGCAGCAACCGCAGCAGCUGCAGCUGCGGCGGCAGCAGCCACAGCAGUUGCAGAUGCAACAACCAGGAAAGAAGCACGGGCAGCAGCUGAGGAUAGCAGGUGGGCAAGUGGGAGGGGAGUCACUGGGAAACCGACACAGGAGCACCUUUUUGGGCGGCUCUGCCCGACAGUUUACAGCCACGGUCGGGCAGCAACAGCUCCUGCUGCCCGAGGGGAAACUUUUUGUUGGGGCGCAGCACGGUGGGAGGUGGGCGGUGGUUCUUGGCGUGGCUGUGGCCGUUGCUGCUGGAGGGGCGGCACUGGGCGGCAGGGUUGGAGCAUUAGGGGGAGCAUUAGGGGGAGCAGCAGGGGGAGCAGUAGGGCGAGCAUUAGGGGGGGCAGCAGGCGCAACCAGCAGUGUACAGGGAGGGAUAGGGGGAGGGGUUGGGGGAUUGUUUGCUGGUGGGGGGCAUGAUGCGAGCAAGGCGAGUAAGCAGGAAGGAGGAGCUGAGGGCGUGGGGGUUAACCUUACUGAGCUCAAGACAGACGAGAAUCAGAUGAGUAUGGAGAAUUGGGAAGAUAGGUGUGUGCCGGAUCAAGGCAAAGCGCCGCUGUGGGUGGGAGAGGAGGCAUGGAGCAGUGAGAUGACACAGAGCAGGAAGGAAGCGGGGAGUAACGAAGAGGCGAGCAGAGAGGAAGGGGGGAGUCAAGGAGAGGAGAGCAGGGAGGAGGGGAGCAGAGGGGAGGGAAGUAAAGACGAUGGGAACAGCGAGGAGGGGAGCAGGGGGGAAGGAAGGAGCAGAGCGGGAGAGAGGGGGAGAGAGGAGGGGAUCAGAGAGGAGGAUGGGAACAGGGAGGAGGGGUUAAGAGAGGAGGGGAUUAGAGAGGAGGGGAGUAUGGGAGAAGGGAUUGGCAGGGUGGAGGUAUGUGCGGAGGGGUUGCCAUUGGAGGAGGUGCGGAACUGGAGUGUGGAGGAGGCGAUAGCAGCCAAUGUGCAGGUGGCACGGAAGAUGGGGCUGCAGCAGGCUUGA